AGAAAAAUAAAAAAACGUAUUUCUAAGAAGUAUAAAAUCCUUCCCGGCUCCCGCCCCGUGCUUGAUGAAGCUAGGUUUUCUCUUCGGCCUGCAAAACUCUCUUAACAGUUGAGCCAGCAUACUGAAGGAACAGACUUGAGAUUAUGGGGAAAAGGAAGUCAAGGGCAAAGCCACCUCCCAAGAAGCGUAUGGACAAGUUGGAUACUGUCUUCAGCUGUCCUUUCUGCAACCACGGGAGCAGUGUUGAGUGCCGCAUUGAUAUGAAGAAUUUGAUUGGUGAGGCCACAUGCAGAAUUUGCCAAGAGACCUUUAGCACAACCAUCACUGCUCUAUCUGAGCCCAUAGACAUAUAUAGUGAAUGGAUUGACGAGUGUGAGAAGGUCAACAACCUAGACGAUGAUGCUGCUUAGGAGACUGGCUAUGUGUUGAAUAUUCUGGUUUUACUUGUUGAAGGAAAAGGCUAAGAAAUGGUUUGAAGUAUUUUGCACGCCUGACUAGGGAGGCUGAUCCUUGAUUCUGAAGUGUUGUAAUCCUGAUAUAUGGAUAGGGCAUACAUCUAUAUAUAUAUAUAUAUAUAUAUAUCAGCUAUGGUUAUUAGUUUGAAGUGGGUGGUAGAAGUAUAUACUCUAAUGUAUAGAAUUAUGUAAGGUUGCAUAUUUUAUAAGUUGCCUGUCCAAAUGGAGGAAACAUAGUUGGAAAAGCUCUCUACAUAUUACAAGUAUUGCAAGUACUGCAACAAAGUAAAUAUUAAGAGUUAAGGGGUGGCAGUUCCAUUCUUGGUUA